GAUAUACCCGCACGGAACACAGCUGUAUAGGCUUCACCGGUGGGGUUUACAUUCGCGUGCGAUCAAAUCGAGGAAACUGAAGGGAAACAGACGAGCCCGAGCUCCUGGGAGUGGUAUCCAACUUCCUUGUGAGAGUGAUACAGCAAAUACUUGACUCAGAGGAAGAGAGAGUCCAUCAACAAUGGCAGAUACGGUGCCAUGUUGUGGAACUGAAUUCUCCUUGUAUAUAUUGAUAAUUAUUGGACUUGUGACCUUUGCUGGUCUCAUGGCUGGCCUCACCCUCGGUCUCAUGUCUCUAGGCCUCGUCGACCUUGAAGUUCUGAUCAAAUCCGGUCGUCAACAGGAUCGUAUCAAUGCCGCUAAGAUAUUUCCAGUGGUGAAGAAUCAUCAUCUUCUGCUAUGUACACUUUUAGUUGGCAACGCUAUGGCGAUGGAGGCACUUCCUAUUUUCUUGGACAAGCUUGUCGCUCCUUGGGCUGCAAUUGUGAUAUCAGUAACUCUUAUUCUCAUGUUUGGGGAGAUAUUGCCUCAAGCAGUUUGCAGUCGUUUUGGAUUGGCAGUGGGGGCGGUAAUGGCACCCUUUGUCCGUGUUCUUCUCUGGUUAUUCUUCCCAAUCACUUAUCCAAUCAGUAAGGUUCUGGACUACCUGUUGGGUAAAGAACAUGAUGUCCUUUUCCGUAGAGGAGAGCUCAAAACUUUUGUGAAUUUUCACGGGAACGAGGCUGGGAAAGGUGGGGAUUUAACACAUGAUGAAACUACUAUCAUCGCCGGGGCACUUGAACUGACUGCAAAGACCGCAAAAGAUGCCAUGACUCCGAUAUCAAAUGCAUUUUCCCUAGAUCUGGAUGCAACUCUUAAUUUGGAUACAUUGAAUGCAAUAAUGACAAUGGGUCACAGUAGAGUUCCAGUUUAUGCUGGGAAUCCCAAAAAUAUAAUAGGACUUAUUCUGGUUAAAAAUCUCUUAAGUGUUGAUCCAGACGAUGCAAUUCCAUUGAGAAAAAUGAUGAUAAGAAAAAUCCCUCGGGUGUCUGAAAGCAUGCCUCUGUAUGACAUUCUGAAUGAAUUUCAGAAGGGUCACAGCCACCUGGCUGUUGUAUAUAAGGAUCUCAAUAAGAACAAAGAGAUACCAAAGAUUGAUAAAGAUGGCAAUAAUGAGGCUAGCCCUAACGCUAUUGCCCGAGGUGCACCUGUGCCUAAGAAUGAUGGAGGUCAACAAACAAAGAAGAAUCUGGUUGCUACUCCUUCCUUUAAGAAGCGACACAGAGGUUGUUCACAUUGCAUUCUGGACAUUGAGAAUUCUCCUAUUCCAGUGUUCCCACCUAAUCAAGAGGUUGUCGGUGUCAUUACCAUGGAGGAUGUGAUUGAAGAACUUCUUCAGGAGGAGAUAUUGGAUGAAACCGAUGAGUAUGUCAACAUCCACAACAGGAUAAAAGUUAACAUGAACAUGUCUGAGGAAAUAAAUCCCAACUCCAUUCCACAGCAACCUUCUACCAAUGGCUACGCUGCCCAUACCACAAGCCCAACUUCGCCAGCGUCUAUGGGUUCGAGUGUCAAUGAACACUCUUCAGUUCCUGCAUUGACAGUAUCAUUCCCUAGCGGAACUUCGAUAGCAGGAUCUCCCGCUGCUGCACAAGUUUCUAAAGAAAACAUGCCAAAGGAUAGUUAAUCUUGGAGUAACUUUGUUGUUUGCUUCUUCAUGUAUGAUAAUUAAACAGAGACUAGGUUAGAUGGAGAAAAGGAUUUUCUUUUUUAACUUUUAAGCACUACAUGCAUACCCAACUUGAAGUAUAGGCUGGCUGCUGUGAUUUAUCUUGUAAUUUAUAUAGCAAAGAUAUGGAUUAGAAUUUCAAAUGAGACAAGUUCAAGCUGAUGAUGGUAUAUGUAUAAGUUGAGAUGAAUUUUAAGUUGUUUUUUUAUGACAGAAUAAUCAUUCGAAAUUAAUUACUUUG